GCUCAAUUAUAAGCUCUCGCGUCAGAGGAAGGCCGCGGAAGUAUUUGGCCUGGUAGCACGGGAAGUAGCUGCAUGUUCGAGUGGUAUUUGUUCGAUCAAAGAACCUAUUGUAGCCCAGAGUUUUUGCAUGUGAUCCGCCGUGCAAAGCGUGUUCAUUAGUACGCGGUUAUCUGAUUCGCCCGAUGGUAAUCAUUAGCUGCCCAUUCAUUGGCAUCGCCGACUGCUUGAUCUGUGUAUUUGACAUUUGAAAUUGCUAAGUUGUUUGGUCAAACACGGAGCGGGGUAAUUUCGGUGUGUCUCCGGCGGUGGGCCGUUCAGAAGGCUGUCAAACACACCAGCGUGACGGUCGAACAGGCGGGCUCGCCCGAUAAGGCGCUCUCCUCACGCACGUUCUCGGGAUAACGGGGCCGCCAGACGUGCCGACUGAGAAACCCAUGAUCGCCGAGAGCAAGAAGGCGGCGGGCAUGGAGCAACAGCCGGGCGGCUUCGAGAGCAGUCAGCGGCCCGCUGUGGUGCCUUCUCGGGGAGGGGGCGGACCCAUGACCGACAACGGCUCCGUCAAGAAGUGCGCCGGCUGCGGCGGCAAAAUCGGCGACCGGUUCCUGCUGCACGCCCUGGACCGCUACUGGCAUGUGGCGUGUCUGAAGUGCUCGUGCUGCCAGGCCCAGCUCGGAGACCUCGGCAGCUCCUGCUUCUCUAAGGCCGGCAUGAUCCUGUGCAAGACCGACUACAUACGGCUGUUCGGUGCGAGUGGAGCCUGUAACGCCUGCGGACAGUCUAUCCCAGCCAACGAGUUCGUCAUGCGGACGCAGGGUAACGUCUACCACGUCAAGUGUUUCACGUGUUUCACCUGCCGAUACCAGCUGUCACCUGGAGACAGAUACCACUUCGUGAAUGGGAGGAUAUUUUGUGAACAGGACGGAACCAAUCUGUUGAAGGGUGCGGCAGAAGGUCCCCCAACCCAGGGCCUCCGGCCACAACAUAAGGUGUGCUGAGGAGAGCGGAUACCCCCCCUGGAUGCAUGAGGAUACACCCCCUCCACCACGAGGGGUACUUUCAUACUCACGAGGUGACGCCGCCUGCAGAAAAAGAAGCAAGUUGUGUUUACUACAAUAUUGCUUAAGACAAUACAAUUGCCUGUAUGUAUAUAUAUAUUACUGCCGUUUGCACGCUACCAAGGAUUGAAAACUAUAAGGGCACAAGUUGAACAUGUCCCAACAUACUUGUACAUGCACGGCUGGCAGCAAGAUGGAUUGACUGCCCUAAUUCUAUGUACAGACAUUGUAAAAAUGUACAGCUAUUCUGGGCCCAUUAUCCUAAAUUGGCACCUGACAUAUCAACAUAAAAAAUGGCAGUGUAUAGUACGAGCUUUUAUAUAUAUCACAUGGACCUGUUGAUGCAAUUGACAGUGGUCACUUUGGGAUGGUUUUUAAAAUUCCAGCGUCCUCUUUGCCAAGCAAGAUUGCGAAAGAUAUUUAUUUUUUUGACGUGAAUCGUUGGGCUGAAUUUUAAAAAGCACUAGUUAUGCAUGUGCUCAAUGGCGACCAAUUCCACACCCGACAUUAAUGUUAGUUUGAAGGCCAUAGCACGCCGAGGGUCUCUACAUCAUGUCCAAAUCUACAGAUGGCGAGAUGGAAUACAUUUGGCUGGUAUUACAGCCCGUGUAUGUAAACAUCAUUGAUACCCUAAGUAUGUCAACUGUUUGCUGCCUUAAAUUAUCGUGUACAGAUAUGUGAGUUGAAAAUGGUGUCUCUUACGUCUAAUGUUGCUGAACAUAUGUUAGGGUUGUGUUGCGGUAAUUCGUCAUAAUGACCAGGCGGUGUUGUGGUGUACCCUGUGGUGUCACUGCAUCAUUCUCGCCAUUUAUCUGGGCUCUCUAUGCCCCCCUCCCCCUCUCCUGAGCGGAAUAUCAUAUACAAAAAUAGACUCAGCAUAACAUCGACCUAUAGCGAUUUAUAUACAUAUAUGAAGCUUAUAACAAAGCCACAAAAGCAAUGACAAGCCUUCGCUCUGAAGGGGGAGGGGGGCAUGGCGAUUACUAGACAUGGCGUAUUGUCUGUUUUCAUAUGAUGUCCACCAUAGGACUUAAAACGAUUCGUACUGUCGUAUGUUCUGCUGUAAAUAGAGAUGAUGUAGACGUGCAUUUGAUAUCUCUACCUGCAUUAAUAGUGAUCGCUGUUAUUAUUAUCAUGACCGCCUAAGCAUCUGGCACCCAGCUAACACAUGGGGAUGACACACUUAGAGCGACGACCUAGUACAGGAUUGUUUUGACAGACUGAAGCGAGGUAUCGCGUAUCAAAGCCUUAUCUACAACUUGGUUUCUGUAUUGAUUAAUUUCUGGAAGACUGUUAUAGUCUGGUGAUGACAUAUAUGAGACUGGGUGUUCGCUUAGGCCGUUUGGUUAGAUGAAAUGUUAUUUUUUGUGGGAGACAUGACUGUUAUAAUGUAUGUACCCAGGUCUCUACAUCACGACUUUUGGAGCGAUGGUUUACUGUUCAGGGUAGCCGCUCUGUUGAUACGAAUUAAAUACACCGUGUUGUUACGGUA